AUGAACUCGCAGCCACCGCCUAACAUGUGGCAAAUGCCACCGUCUCUCCUAGACAUGGAGCUAGAGGGAAUGGCAGAUCCAAAUGGACCAACGACCUGGCCACAGCAUGAUGUCUUGGAUGUCAAUCCUCUUCACGACCCUAGCUCAUAUGAGUCGGACCCUAUUGACUUGGACUGGUCUCAGUGGAUGAAUACGGAGCCAAACCAAGUACAUUCAUCCCAUGUCCAAGCGGAACUUGAAUAUCCACAACCUCAGGGCCCAGGCAUUGUACAUGAUCCUGGCCCUUCAUUGAUUAAAAGAGGUGUGGAGUCCCUCCCACAGCAACCCAACCUCACCAAUGUCUCACAGUGGCUGGAUGGAGCAUAUCGCCCUCCAGUCCGCUGCACCCAUUGCCGCAGACAUCGUCUGCAAUGUUUGAUCCUCCGAACUACAUCGGCAAACCCCAAUCCGAGAACAUCCUGCUCAAGCUGCGUGGCUCUUUUCCGGGAAUGCAGCUUGGCAAAGGGCGAGAAACGCCACCCAUCAGGCUUCGAGACCCUCUCUCCCGUCCUGGGCCAUUUGCAUGGCGUGCCAGAAGAUGAAACUGCCAUAGGACUCAAUUCGCAGACAGGCGAUGAGCGCAAAGAGCCCAAGCAGUUCGUCAGGAAAGGAGCUAGGGUGCUGCGGGAGUGGUUCUAUCAUAACCAGGAGUACCCAUAUCCCACAGAGGCGCAGAAGAAUCAACUCUCGCUAGACACCGGAUUCUCGCAGAAGCGAAUCUCGACGUGGUUUGCCAACGCUCGCCGUCGCCAGAAGCAAAAAAUCCAGUCUUCUGGUAUUGCUUCUACCUCUCGUGCCCGAGCCGGAUCCCCUAUGAUCAAAGGUACAUUGGCUUCCCUGACUCCCAUGGAGCGGUGGCAAUCGUCUCCCCCGGAGGAUGAAUCUGUUUCAGAAACGGCGAUUCAAAAUGCAAUCUCUUCAUACCCACUGGAGACGGAUGACUCUUUUGAUCCAUUCCAAUUCGACCCUUCUGGCAUGGAUUUCUUCGAUUUCGACGAAAGCUCGUCGCAUUUGGCAUCCUCAGUGUCCAGCAUUGGAAGCAAAGCAUCAGAGACCUCAGACAGUGGCUCCUCGGCGUGGAGCUAUAACUCCUCUGGAGAGCCAGGGCUGUCAUCCCAACUCCCCAAAUCGUCCAAACCGAGACGAAUCCGUGGAAGACAGAGAACAACAGGAGACUAUCAUUACCAGUGCACAUUCUGCGCGCAGUCUUUCAAGAAAAAGCACGACUGGUCCCGCCAUGAAAAAAGUGUUCAUCUCACCCUGGACUCGUGGAUAUGCACACCGGAUCUUGGCAACGUUCAGCAGGCCUUCGACCUCCAAUCAUCCGAAUGUGCAUUCUGUGACACCUUGUUCCCAACACCUGCCCACUGGGAUGAACAUGACUUCAACGUCUGCGUCGACAAGCCGGUCACAGAACGAUCGUUCAGCCGCAAGGACUAUCUCUGGCAGCACUUGCGCAAAUUCCACGGCUGCACCAAGCCACCCGUGUCUGAUCUCGACGCGUGGCGUGGAUCGGGUGCAAAUGUGGAAAGCCGCUGUGGUUUCUGCGGGUGCUCCCUAUCGACCUGGGCAGCGCGAGCUGAGCACUUAGCCAAUCACUUCAAGAAUGGAACUCGCAUGGACGAGUGGGAAGGUGAUUGGGGGUUCGAUGCCUGCACGAUGAACUCUCUACGAAAUGCAGUCCUCCCAUCUGAGCGCCGGGCUUUAGCUGCCCCGGAAUAA